AUGACCGAAAUAUCGGAUACUGAGCGUGUUGGCUCAAAUGACAGCCAGAUGGGGGGCACUUCUGAUCAUGAGGACUUUGAUGAUUCUAACACGUUUGAUAGUGACCAAGGAGAAGGAGAAGAAGAAGAAGAAGAAGAAGAAGACUACGGCGCCUUUCAAGACUUCGAUGGUUCCUCCGACAACCAGGACAACCAAGACAACGAUCAGAAUUUCUCUCCUUCCCCCUCAAGAGAAGAAAAUGUAGCAGGGCUGACAAUGAAUACCUCCGAUUUUGAGCUCGCAGAAGAUGGAACACCUCUCGUGUUUUUUGACAAAUUUCAAACCUUUCCUGAAGAAAUCCAGAUGAGCAUUUGGCACUUUAGUGCUCUUCAAGCCAGGCGUACCAUCGUUAUGUAUUUGCAGCAAAAUAUUUUCAAAUUCGAAAACUGUCCUUCCACACCAGCUUUUAUGCAUGCAUGUCAUCAAGCACGAAAAUAUGGCCAGGAAUAUUUCUGUGCUGUUGACGACAAAGGAGUCCUGCAUGAUUUCACCGACCCCAAACAAGUCAACACGCCUUAUUUCUAUGUCAACCCCAUUAGCGAUGACUUUAUCUUGAAAUUCGGUCGUGAGUCAUUUUGUCCUUCGCCAUCUUACUGUCCCAUACAGUUUAGUUCAGAGUAUAUGCAACAGGAAUUGGCAGCCGAGGAAAAGAAACUCCAUAAAAUCGAAGAAGAUGAGGAAUGGAUUCGUUCUAGGAGACUUGGGCGAGUACGUCGUCGUUUACAUGCACCUGCUCAUGUCGCAAACGCCCACACGGCAACUUGGAAUAUGAUAACUCAGAACAUGCAUCAUAUUCCCGCUUCAAAUACAGGCAUUCUUGCCGCUACUGUCGCUACAAAUGCAGCCACAGCCGCAGCCGCAGCACCCCCUUCUCCCCCACGUCCCGGCGAGCCAGUUUUCCCUCCCGCGUCUGUCCUUCCUCACUUCUUCGACAACAUUCGAUCGGUUGGUAUCAACCUCUCCCUCAAUUACUCAGGAUAUACACCCUUUGAAGAACUGAACGCUAUGGAACUCCAAAAAUGGGCCGAAGAAAAUGUGCAACACAAAUUCGACAAGGUGUUCAAGAAAAUCUUGGAUCGUUUUCCUCAUCUCGAAUAUAUAUUUGCGGUGGUGAGAGCCUAUGGGAGAAGUAAUCGCUGUAUGUCGGAUCGCGGUUCUCCGCGUGAGCUUGAGAAGAAGGACUGGAAGAGUGUGGGUAUGGCAAAGGGAAGCAAGCAAUGUAUGGGAUAUCAAGAGUUUAAACAGUUUGAGAAUCAGGCGAAGGUUUGGUUGAUGCAUGAGAGGAUUGAGAGGGGAUUGCAGUUGAAUAGCCUUGAUUUUGGAUUGUAUGUUCAGACGAAUAUCUUGUGGGAGAUUUAG